AUGGCAUUGGGCGCCGCGUCCGCAGCACCGGCAGGGCCCGAAAAGGUCAAGAUCGCCCUCUGCCAGCUGCACGUGACCGCGGACAAGCCCUCCAACAUCGCCGCCGCGCGCGCUGCCAUCAAGGACGCCGCCGACGCAGGCGCCGCGCUCGUGGUUCUCCCAGAGAUGUGGAACUGCCCCUAUUCGAACGACAGCUUUCCCACCUAUGCGGAGGACUUUGAUGAGUUGAAAUCAGGCGGCGCGCCGUCGGUCGCGGCGCUGUCGGAGGCGGCGGCGGCGGCGGGCGUCACGUUGAUCGGGGGGUCGGUGCCCGAGCGGGCGGGCGGGAAGCUGUACAACACGUGCUGCGUGUUCGGGCCGGACGGGGCCUUGCUGGGGAGGCACAGGAAGGUCCACCUCUUCGACAUUGAUAUCCCUGGCAAAAUGACAUUCAAGGAGUCCCUCACCCUCAGCCCCGGGGACGGGCCCACUGUGGUGGACACGCCCGCGGGGCGCCUCGGGGUGGGCAUCUGCUAUGACAUCAGGUUCCCCGAGCUGGCGAUGCUGUACGCGCGGAGAGGGGUGCAGCUGAUUGUGUACCCGGGCGCCUUCAACACCGUGACUGGCCCCGUGCACUGGGAGCUCCUGGCCAAGGCGCGGGCGGUGGACAACCAGCUGUUUGUCGCCACCUGCUCCCCCGCGCGAAACCCGGACGCGUCCUAUCAGGCGUGGGGCCACUCCACUGUUGUCGGGCCGUUUGCCGAGAUCCUGGCCACCUGCGACCACGAGCCAACAACCAUAUUCGCUGAGCUGGAUUACGGCCAGGUGGUGGAGCGGCGCACCAAUAUGCCGCUGGCGCAGCAGCGGAGGGCGGACCUGUACGAGGUGGUGGACAAGACUGCAGCGUGA